CCUGUAGGCCAUGAGCAAGAGUAUUUAUCAUUCCUUAAUGAAGGCGUUGACCAUGGAGGAUGUGGAGGAUAUAACUUGCUAUCCAGUUUAUGCCUCUGCUUCUGGUGCUAUUGCAGAACUCAUUGAGAACAGUUAUGCUGCACCUGACUGGCUCGUUCUUUUGCAAGCGGUUGUGAAAAGAAUAAGUACUGGAGAUGAAAAUGAGUCUGCUCUUCUGUUUAAGCUUCUGGGCACUAUAGUUGAGGGUGGGCAAGAAAAAAUUCUGCCUCAUAUUCCUGAAAUUGUGUCUAACAUUGCCAAUACCAUAAUGAAGCUCCUGCCCCCUGUUCCAGAGCCCUGGCCUCAGGUUGUUGAACAGGGUUUUGCUUCACUGGUAGCGAUGGCUCAAGCUUGGGAGAGCUCUGCGCCAGAUGAAAACAGGAAACAUGAAAAGGGGGUCUGGCAGUCAGGCCAGUCUGCUAUUGCUCAAACAUUUUCGUUGCUGCUACAAAAAGCUUGGUUAUUGCCAGUUCAGGAGGACUCUUGUUCUGCAUUGCCACCUCCGUCGUGCGUAAAUGAUGCUUCUGUGUUACUUGAGUUUGUCAUGAGGUCUACGACUUGCAUGGAAGAAACUGCAAGUAUGAAGGUCUUUGAACUAGUAGUUGUAUGGGCUGACACUAUUGCUAACUGGGACUCCUGGGAGGAGAUGGAGGAUCAGGAAGUUUUCAAUACAAUUAAAGAAGCUGUCAAUUUCCACCAAAGAUUUGACCUCACCGGUUUCUUCCUAAAAAUGCUUCCUUCGCAGUCUGAAAAUGGUUCACAGAGUUCAAUCAUUGGCCGGGUUUCUAAUUUUGUCACGAGGGCCAUUGCAGCCUACCCAUCUGCCACAUGGAGGGCAUGCUCAUGCAUCCAUACGCUACUGCAUGCUCCAAAUUUCUCCCUUGGAACAGAAGGUGCUAGAAAGACUGUUGCUGUAUCCUUUGCGCAAGCAGCAUUUUCCCAUUUCAAGUCUACAUCUGACAGUCCUGCUGGGAUAUGGAAACCACUUUUGCUGGCAAUUUCGUCAUGCUACAUUUGCUAUCCAGAUGUCAUUGAACAAGUCUUGAACAACUACGAUGGUAAUGGUUAUGCAAUCUGGGCAUCUGCAUUGGCACAAGUCUCAAGCAGCUCAUUCAGUCCUGGCCUGUCAUCUGAAUCCGAGAUCAAAUUAGCUUGUAAGUAG